AAAUAUACUAAAACACACACUUCUUGCAAGCUCUUCUUCUUUUAUUCUCUUUCUCUUUCUAAAAGGAAAGGGCUUUGCUUUAUAGAGAGAGAGAGAGAGGGUGUUUGUGUUUUGUGUGGCCCCAGCAGAUCGAAAUCUCCAUUCUUUUGUUCAGUUUCAUGAGGAUCUGAGCUUCUUCAAUGGUGUUACCAAACCACACCCUUUCUUGUUUCCUAGUAUUUAUUAUUCCUUAAUAAUUGUUUUCCUCUUCUUUGUUUAUUUUUCCUUUUUUUUUUCGGGGGGUUCUAUGAUUCUAUCUGGCUUGGCUUAGUGUCAGUCUUGGGCUCUGAAUUCUCCUGUGAUUUUGAGUUGCCUUAGCACAAUGAUUCAAUCUUGAGAGAGGGUCAUGAAGAGACAUGGUUCAAGGAUGUGGGUCUGAGUCAGGGUAAACAAUUUAUUCUGUUUUGCUUUCUCUUAUUCGUGGAGGGAUGGGAACCCAAGUGCAUUAUAAGGACUACUACGUUCCAGGUUAUUGCUCCAUGAGGAACCACCUUAGCGAGGGCGCUAGCAGUAGUAAUUGGUCCCGUUUUUACGGCGAUAGGGCCUUAACAACGAAUGGGCAAUAUUGUAAUGGCUUCAUGUCUCGGGGCGCAAUGGAUGCUUAUCCAGGGUAUGACAAGGACGCGGUAAAGCAGAAAAUGCUCGAACACGAGGCAAUUUUCAAGAAUCAGGUUUUAGAACUUCACCGCCUUUACAGAAUCCAAAGAGACAUGAUGCAAGAAGUUAAAAGGAAGGAACCGAAUCGGAUGUCGAUGGAGCCAUCAUCGUCAUCUAACAUCCUAGGAUCGCAAUUGCCGUCUGAAGAUGCUCAGAAAUGGCACAUGACCGGUUUUCCUUUAGCACAUUCUUCGGGUUAUGCUAGAGCCUCGACAUGUAGUACUGAAAUCGUAAAUUCUCCCUUAAGCUGUGCAAAGGGAAACAAUGUAGUACAGUCUGGUCGGCUUCAAUUCCAAAACGGGGUUUCCCCGAAAAGCUGUCAAGCGUUGGAGGCUCGACCAUCAAAAGUUCGGAAAAAGUUGUUUGAUCUUCAUCUGCCAGCCGAUCAGUAUAUAGAUACCGAUGAUGUCGAACAGUUACAGGAUUCCAAAGAAUCUUUCUGUCCGAGUUAUCCUGCUGCUAACGGAAGCUUCACAAUUCCACAAGACAACGGUGUUAAAUUGUUCCUUGGCGGUUGUGAAACGAGUGAUUCCCAAAAAGACGCUUCGAUGUCCAAUUCGUGUUUAAGAAGUGCGUUCGGGUUGGCAGAUCUCAACGAACCUGCCCAGUUCGAGGAAGCAGCAAACAUCGCUCCAUCGUCCAUUAACUUUCUCGGUCAUUGUGCUAACCCCGCCAAAGAUGCUAAAAUCCCAAACGUCACUAGUAGACCAAAUCCCGGGGGGGUUUUAGCUUCAUCAAGAGAAAUGAUGUGGAACUCUCAUCACGGAAGCUCCAAUGGGGGGUUGAUCAGUAAUUUUUCCGUGGACAGUAAGGGAAAAGAGAGAGAGUGGCUCUCAUAUACUUACGAUUCAGGUAACAUGAAAAAUAACCAAUUUCCAGUUUCUCAAGGUUUCGAACAGAAUAAGUUACCUAUGCAGUCCCGUCCAGCUGAAAUUGGUAUACUUAAUAAAACUCAUCAAAAUCCCGGAAUUUAUCCGAGUCACGGGAUUAGGGAUGAGCUGUGGAGAGAGAGGACAGGUUAUGGUUUACAGCAGCAACCCUUUGAGAGAGCUCGUGAAAACCCUAAUCUUAGUCGUGUGGAACCCAUUGGAACAUCACUGUUUACUUCCCCCAGCCCAUUCGUUAGUUCUUCCGAAUUUGCCAAUUCGUGGUCACAUUCCGUUUCAGCUUUGGGAAAGCCGACAAGUAGCUCGAGUCAAAAGUUAGCGUUGUUUCACGCAAACUCAUCUGCAGCCUUGAGUAGUAGGAAUACACAGCCUUCUCCGAACCCCCUAACGGGCAUUUCUAGGUUCAAUCCCGGUUUGGGCAGUGAUCUACCUGUCAAGAACGGUUUUUACCAUGGAUCUUCUUCGUCUGGGUCGAGGGAACCAUCUGCUCACCUCCAUUCGCUCCCUUUGGAUCGUCUAAACUACAAUAAGAGCGACAAUGUAUUGUCUGAACACUCUGCUAAUCAUAAACACGAGAAGUUUCUUGUCGACUCCAACUCGAGGGAUUCGAAGUCUGCGAAAGGUUUUGAUCUGAAUGUUACGAAUGAGGUCAUCAAUCUGCAAGACGAGGAGUUUGUUGGUAAUAACGAAAGAAAUCUCGAAGAUGUUGCAGCAACAUUGCCUUGGCUUAAAGCAGCUAGGCCAAACGAGGGAAGAAUGCAGAAUAAUCAAAAUGAAUUAUUUAGUCAGAAUGUUACAUCGGCUUCAAGGGGGCGUGAAAUCAAGGCCAAGGAGGAGAUUGGGGAGACUCAAAAUGUCAAAAAAAUUCUCGGAGUUCCGAUUCUGGAAAACCCCCGUUUUUCCCCAAAAAAUGAGUCGUCUUUGCUUGUUUCUACUUCUGCAGCCAUUCAACCCUCACCCGAAGAACAUAAUAGGAACGAGAAGAAGAAUUUUGUGAUUGAUAUGAACAUGGUGUGGGAGCUCUCAAAUGGUGAGUUGGAGGAUCACGUAACCCCGGAACCUCCCCUUGUUGGAGACAAGGGGACGGGCUCGAAAGAUACUAGUAUCAGAAAUCACAUCGAUUUGAAUUUUUGUAUUCCUGAAGAAGAAGAAGAAGAUCAAUCACGACCCUCUGCUGCAACUAGUAAUGUUAGAAGAAAGAGCGUUAUAGAGAUUGAUUUGGAAGCUCCCGCUGCCUCGGACACUGAGGAAGAUAAUCUCGUGGAGGAAGAGCAUAUGCAAAAUGAGGCAUCUUUGCAGUUGCCCGAACACAAAGACGAGCAAGCAAGAGAUGAAGUUGCCAGUUUUGCAGCAGAAGCAAUAGUUGCUAUCUCGUCAUCCAUGCAGAUAGAGGAGAAAUGUCGGGAUCCAUCUGAAGAUCCUUUGGAAAAAUCGCUCCAGUGGUUUGCCAACGCAGUCUCCUCUUCUGCCGAUGAACAACUCAAAUCCAAGUCUGACAAAGAAAUUAGGGCUAGCAAGGACGGUGUACUAAACGAGAAUUCUUGUCUCGAGGGAAUAGAUUAUUUCGAGGCAAUGACAUUGCAAUUGACAGAAACCAAGGAAGAAGACUACAUGCCUAAGCCGUUCAUUCCCGAAUUCCAAUAUGCGGACGAUAUAGGCGCAGCUUCUGUUCCUAACCGACCUCGAAGGGGUCAGUCGAGAAGAGGAAGGCAGCGGAGGGACUUUCAGAGGGACAUCCUCCCCGGUUUGGCUUCCUUGUCAAGGCAUGAAGUAACCGAGGACAUACAGACAUUUGGAGGGCUAAUGAGAGCCACGGGGCACACAUGGACUUCCGGGUUGACAAGAAGGAACGGAACUCGAAACGGGGGUGCCAGGGGGAGACGACGAACGGUGGUCAUCGACACAGGACCACCACCACCACCACCACCCGCUCCCGCUUCAAGCUCAGUGGCCCCCACUCCUCUAGCGCAGCAACUUAGUAAUAUUGAAGCUGUUUUAGAGGACAAAAGCCUAACCGGAUGGGGAAAGACAACUAGACGCCCCCGAAGGCAAAGAUGUCCUCCGGCAGGUAAUCCUCCCGCUCUCCCAUUAACCUAAACAUUGGAGACGAGGCUGCAACUUAUAGUUCAUCACCAUUUUAUUAUAGAGAGGAUAUUAAGAGACUUAGGAGGUGCCCCUGCCCUUUUGUUUUCUUUUCUUUCAAUUCGUUACUCCCCGGGAGUUGGAGUUAACGUUGCGUUAAGCCGGGAGGAUUGUGUUUGUACAUUCUAUGUGCCAUAAUUCAGUGCCCCAUGGCUGUGAUAUGUCUUCUGGUUGGUGGUUUGGUAACCAACUAAGUAUUCAGGAAUAAUGCUGCCUGAUGUCUUCUGAAUUUAUACAGCAUUGCUUCAAAUAUAUGCAGUCUCUUCUAUGAAUCAAAUACCAAAUAUCUUUUACUCUUAAUUACAUAUUGAAACAACACUUUCCCUC